AUCUGUAGGUUGCUGCAGUAAGCCAUGUGGUUGCUGUUGCUAAGCAUUUCGCCUUUGCUUGCUCUGCGCUGCCCCAAGUCAAAUCCUGUUCCUUUGCAGUUCCAUCUGGUGCGGCAAUGCCAGCGCGCUGCUACGACGGACGCACUUGCCCUUGAGAGCACAGGAACUCUGGAAGAAUGCAUGGCGCUGGCACGUGAGCUGCGUGGCCUGGCCUUAAACUUUGCACCGGGUGGACCUGGUCGACGCAAAAAUUAUUUUGAGAUACAGCCUAGAGAUUCGACAAGCAGGAGGCGGCAAAAGGAUGCGCGGAAUCGUUUGAGUGUUUUCGAGCAGCCCGCAGAGUACUUCAACUGCCAUGUUCUGGCGUGUCCGCAAAAUACGAGCUUUGCGGGCAUGACAAACGAUAGUCGCUUCGACUACUACAGCUUAUACGGCAGGCCCACAGCGCUGCACAACAUUAGCUGCGUUGAGCAAGUGGGUCUGUUUGUCUUCUAUACCCAACCCGCGAACUAUUUGAAUGCCUCCACUAGUUGCAGCAAUGCCAGCGAGUUUAGUGGAAGCCUAGCCCAUGUGGCCUCCGAGGCGCGCACCUAUGCACUAUCUCAGUGGCUGGUGAAUUAUAAUAGACAGCGCGUGGGUGAGAAACCAGAGCCAGGCAUCUUUCUGGCCUAUGUGGGCUUGCAAUUUAAUAUCAGCAAGUCCCUGCAGCCCCUCGACUAUCGCAAUGCGCAGCAAGAGAGCCUGCUGUGCUUUCUAUAUCGCGCCUGGCAUGUGGGUCAUCCUCGUAUAGGCGGCAGCCAAGCCAAUGCCAGCUGCGUGGCUUUGACGCCAAACAGCACUUGGCAAACGUUGAGCUGUGAUCGUGAGCUGCCCUUCAUCUGCGAGAUUUUUACGCCUCCGAAAGACAAUACAACCAGGCAGUUGGACACGGGAGCAAAUGCAGCGGAUGGGUGUUACUGACAAAGCCAUAUAAUGAGUCUAAAAUAAAAGUAU